GUUUCGUUCAGCUAUAUCACAGCGCUGCACCUUCUUUACUUAAAAUGAAAUAGAAAUGCAUAUAUGAGACUUGGCGAGAAGGAGACGGAAAGAGUGAAAUUGGGAAGGAAGUGCACGGAGUGCAGUUGAAGAGAAAAGAGAUCCGAUAUCAGUAUUGUGAGAGAAAGAGAGAGAAAGGGACCACAUUUUCCGAUAUUAUUUGUACAUGUAUAUACAUCAUGGCACACACAAACACUGUGACUCUCGCUGCAUUUAACGCCAUGACUAAAAUAUACUGGGAAAAAAGAAUGGUUUUGCAAGGACAAAUAGCGACGUUAAUUAGUAUUUGCUUGAUAUAAUCCAUUAUUCGCAUGCUGUGUAGUGCACAGUGCUUGCACGAGCAAGGAAGUACCGAAGAGGUUCUCUCUCUCUCUCUCUCUCUCUCGCAUUUUUCCCAGUGGGGCUACAUGUACACUGUCAGGUGUACGGAUCUAUUGUUUUGAUGGACACACAGCAUAAGUCGUCGCAUCGAGAGAACGUGCGAGAUUGAUAAUCCAGCGAAAUGGAGAUGGAUGAGUGUUCAGUUGGUGGAGACAGCCCAGCCGAGGAAGAUGAGGAUGAAGCCUCAACCCACGGCUCUAGGAGCAAUAGUAGCAGUAGUAGUAUAAGCGGCAGUAGUACAACAACAGACAGCGAUGAGGACAGCGCGGAGGAGCAUGCCACGAGCAGUAGCGAGAGUCACAGUUCCGGAGAGGAAGACGAGGAUGAGAAUGAGAACACGGAAUACAUAGUGAAUAUGGACAGUCCUGACGCUCUUAGAUGGGAAACUUGCAUCGCUGCCAACACUAAAGUAAAGCUACCCCAAGAUCUUUGCGAGCACUUCAGUAUCUUUAAGGAAAUGCUAGAUUAUCCGCGCUUAUGGAAGGAUUGCCUUACCGAGAGUCAGAAAGACACGUUGUAUAAUCUUCUACCGACUUUUCCGAAGGAUUGCAAUAUAGAAGCUGAAUUGAAUAAGUCACUGCAGAUGCUGUUCAAUAGAGAAAACGACAGAUUCGGCGUAUCGACGUUGGAUAUAUUUCACAAUCACCUCUCCGCCGGUCACUAUCGUCCCGACAUUAGAAGAAUGCGGACCUUGGUGCGUAAGGCACAGAAGAGGAGAUUGCUGUUCGAGGCGCGGAAACGGUCGUACGAUUUGGCGAGCCAGCUGCUGAAGUCGCGGGAGAGCUUACUGUCGAACGCCUACAAGCAGGGCUUCAGCCAGCCGGCGAGCCGAACGGUGUCCAAGCUUCAGUGGCGCAAGCCGAAGCCGGUGAUGGUUGAAGAGAAGACCCAGUUGCGCUAUAUGGAGGAACUGAACGCGGUCCGGUCGGAGCUCGGGGCCAACACGAGGCUGUCCGCUGACACGACGUCCGAAAACGAGGAGAAUUAUCCGCAUUAUCCGUCGUCCGGCGCGAAGCAAAAGCGGAAGCGCCGUUCCAUCAUGAAUUUCCAGGGAUUGUCGGUGAGAGGCCUGCAGCUCGACGACGAGACGAUCCGGCCUGUGUUCUCCACCUUGCAGCGAAUGGAAUACGCGCCGAGCAAGUCGUUACUUCUGCGUGAACAGACGGAGGAGACUUACCGCGCCAUGCUGAUCGCGCAUAAGAAACGGCGGGCUCGUUGUGACGUUCACCCGGAACUGAACACCCAGGGGAUCGCGCUCGCCGACCUCACGCAACGCUCGCAGGUUGGACAGAAGAGAUUCUCGAUGGGCACGUCUAUGAGAAUCACGCCGGCCAAGAAGCGAAUCAAAGCGGAGCAGAGCCUGCUGCCCGCGCCGAAAUCGAUGAACUCGAGCUCGGUGAAGCACGAGAGCGACAAUAGCGAUUACUCGCACACCACGGACGACAAUAGGCAGCCUAAUAUCGCGGACAUGGACUACAAUAGAAUAGCGACUCCCGUAAAGAUGGAGCAGGUCGACCCGUACGAAGCGCAUCACUUAGCCAAGAAGAAAAUGAGUCCGGUAACUCCGAAAUGCAGCAAGCCGGCGAUCAUGACGACGCCGGAGAUAAAGAAAGAAGUCGAAGACAUAGAGUACGACGAGGUGAAGACGGAACUGAGCUCAGGUAUAAACGAGGACAUGCUGGCCGAGACCGAGGAGGAGGAGGAAAACGAGACGAAAAAGGAGCUCGAUUUGGACAGCAUCGACAUGAUGCAGAUACCGAUCCAGCUCGACGACGGGAUCGAUAUACUCGACGACGUCAAGUGUGAGGACGAGGCCGUCAUUUCAAUACCGGAGAAAGAACUGACCGUUCCGUCCGGUGAGAACGCGAUAGACGUGAAUAACGGCGCGGAGCUGAUGCAAGAAACGCACGCGUGCUUCUUCUCGCUGCUGCGAGACGCCUUCACAUCCAAGGGAGAAUACCGGAUGAGCACGACGGAGAUGAAGGAAGCGGUGACGCAGUGGCAGGGCAAUCCUAUCUCCCCGUUGAACGACUGGUAUUCCCUGGCGCCUUCGUGGCCGGCGUUGGUGCCGCUGGCUCUGGGAUUUCUCGCCGGUGAAUUGACAUACUCCCAGGAGCUGGACCAGCGGCAGGAACGAGAGCAGGAGCUUGUGCCCUACUUGGAGAACAAGGGUCGCGGCGUGUACGCGUGGAUAGGCGCAGGCCGCGACUCCGACACUCGAUUGUCGGAUCUCUGCGCGAAAUUCCUCAUGUACAAAGACUCGUUGAGUCCGCCUCACACCACGAGCGCGAGCUCAGUGGCGGUCGUGAAGCCGCAGGCUCAGCAGCUGCCGGCCCCGGCGAACAACAACAACGCGACGACGAACAACAGCGCGACCGUCGUCGGCGGCUCGGCAGGCAGGAGUGGAAGUCCCGCGUCAGAGACCACUACCGUGGACACCGGCACCGUCGGCACCGUCGCCGAAUGGGAGCCACCCCGCGCACUCUUCCCCACCGAAUGGAAGGUCCGUCCGUCCACGGCAGAGGAGCGCGAGGAGUUCCGCCGGCAAGAGCGUAUGCGUUACGCAGCGCCCCACAAAGCGUUCACCUAUCGCAUGCACGGCUACGCGUCCGUGGUCGGCCCGGUCAAGGGGAUCUAUCAGCACAAUGUCGGCUCCGGACCGACGAAACCGCGAGGCCACUCGCUACUGGUGGCGGACCGGCCGAACUUCGUGACGAUCCUGGCGUUGGUCAGGGACGCCACCGCCCGACUACCUAACGGCGAGGGGACCCGCGCUGAUAUCUGUCAGUUACUGAAGGAUUCCCAGUACAUCAGAGAACAAGGGGACAACGACGACAAGGAGGGCUAUCUUCACUCGGUGGUGUCAGGGGCUCUAGAUAGAUUGCAUUACGAAGCGGAUCCCUGCGUGAGGUAUUACCCACGCCGUAAGGAGUGGCUGUACCUUCAUCGAGCACGCUCGGAGUCGGAAUUUGAAAUGUAUCACCAGCAGCUACAAGGCGUCGCGAAGAACAAGAAGAACGUCGGCAGCGCGUCGCGCAACAAGUCGCUGCAGCCGAUCCUCAAGUCGGCCAACAUGAACAAAGAACAGUCUGCGAGUGCCAAAGAGACCAGCGCUAAGAAGGAACGGCGAACGACGAUGCCCGCGCAGGCUGUCGCGUCCAAGAAAGAGCAGCGCAAGGCCGCCGAGGAGAAGAUCGUCAACGAGCACCCGGUUUCCGCCGAGCAGUCCGUUAACACCAACGUCGAGGUGGCGGUCAGCGCGGUGUCUACGCCGACCAUUUCCAUCGUCGAAUCUCCCAUCCCCGUCGCCUCGCUCUCGAGCUCCUCGGGCUCGGUCGCCAGCGUAGCCGUGGAGCGAGACAGCAUGAUGCCGGCCGAGGCGAAGUCGCAACUCGCUCCGAUCACGACGGUGAAGAAGGCGACGAACGUGGGCGGCAAACCGGUCACCGUCGUCAAGACGAACGCCACGCAGAGUCUGCUGCAGUCGAAUCAGCACAAUUUCCCGCAUCAUCAGAUUCAAGUGUCCACCUCGGCCGGCCUGCAGACCAUCCGUCUGUCCGGGCACUCGGUGUUGCAAUCCGCCCAACCGGUCCCAGUCAGCAGCGGCAACAGCGGUGCUUCCAACGUGGCGAAUGGAACGGCGAGUCUGUCGACGAUACUGCCGUCUGCGAAGGUGCAACAGCAGCAGCAACAGCAGCAGCAACAGCCGCAACAAACCAUCGUCGCGAAUCAAGCGGGGAAGAGUAUUCUGCAGACCACCAACAUGAAGCAACAGCAGACGCAGCAGCAGCACGUGUUGCCGGGCAAGACCCUGUUGGCCUCACAGAUCAAAUUAGUUAGCUCCAGUCAGAUUAAGUCGUUACUCACGGGCCACAGUCUGCAGGGCCAGACUAUAUUCAUCAAACAGUCCUCGCCAUCCGCCAAUCAGUCGCAACAGUUGCAACAGCAGCAGCAGCAACAGCAGCAGCAACAGCAAUUAAAGCAGCAGCAACAGCAGCAGUUGCAACAACAACAGCAGCAACUGCAGCAGCGAGUCGUGGCCAAUCAGCAGCAGCCUAUACAGACCUCCGGGAUGCAGCGCAUCAUCGCGCAAAUCGGUGGGAAGCCGAUCGCCGUGCAAAUACAGCAGUCGCCCCAUCAGCAGCAGCAGCAGAAGAUCCUCGCGAAAGUCCUGACGAACAGCAGCGGCGGACAAAUUAUAUCGGUCGAGAGUCUGCUCGCGCAAAAGGGACUAAAACUGGCCACCACCACCGGUCACGCUAAUCAACUUAACAGGCAGGGCAAGCAAGUGAUACAGGCUCAAUAUCAGGUUGUGCCACAACAGCAAGCGUCCUCCGGUCAGUCGAAGAUAAUAGUCAGCACGCAGCACCAGCAAUCUCAACAGGCGCAAACUGUUCGCAUGGUCACCGCUCAGCUUGCGGGUAAGCCGAUCGUAUUGGCCAGCGGUAACAAGAACGUCGGAGUCGCGGUGAGCGCCAGCGGCGGGAACGUGGUGUUGGGUAAACAACCGACAUCCUCCCAGCAGCAGCAGCAGCAGCAACAGCAGCAGCCGCAGCAGCAGCAGCAACAGACGCAACAACCGAUCAUCUUGCCGAGCCAGUUGCUCAAUAUCAAAACGUUGCACGGACUCAAGGUGAUACCAACUCCAUCCGGGCUGAAGACCGCCGGCGGUGCUGUGUACGCCCGCGUGAUCACCCCGACGACAAUAGCCUCCGCCACGCAGCCUCCGGUGAAUCAGCAGCAGACCCUUCAGGCGCAAUCGCCGAGGAACACCUCGUAUGGUACACCUUGACAGGAUUGAUGUUCUUUACGUAUGUUUAUGCUUGAUCCGCUUAGCGUCGUUCCUUUCACUGUAUUUGUACAUUGCGCGUCCUUUAAAUUGAAAGUUUCACGGGUCUCGAAAUCUCGAUGGUGUAUUUCGGUAAGGAUCAUAUCGAGUGAUAUUAUACACUGAUCGCACUUCGUUAGUUUGAUAGCUGCCCUAGUACAGGCAGAGGAAACGUUAAAGAGGAGGACAAAAAAAAGAAAUGAACGCGUAAUGAAGAUAGUGGAAUUUUUUUAGCGAUACUCAGAAUUUUUUUGCGGCACAGCUGCGUCAGUGAUUUUGGAUCGUGAGACUCGCCGGGGAGUUAACGGGAAUCGCGCGGAUGAUUCGUACGGCUCAUGUACAGAUAAAUCAUUUUUAUAGAGAUUCGUACACGACACGUUAUGAUGAGCACGUAAUAUGAUCCCCAAGUCUCCGACGCUCAUCGUCCAAUGUACUUGACGAAGCUGUCGCGGAUUCUUUAUCGUCUACCAAAUGAAAAAUAAAUCGGAUAGAACUGUCGAUUUAUUUAUAAAGCAUACCGUAUAUUAUUAAGUUUAUUUUAUCAUGUAUCUCGAGAAAUUGUGAAACGUAAAAGUUAGCAUAUAAAUAAACUUGCAUAUAACGUACAGUUUGUAGAGAGAGAGAGAGAGAGAGAGAGAGAGAGAGAGAGAGAGAGGAAAGGAGGGCGAAGAUACUAAUAAUGUCCUAUUAAAUGUGGUAUUAUAAUGCUAACAGUCGUGAGAUAAACAUAUACAGAAAAUGACGCUAAUUAAUUUCCUCCUAAGAAGUAGAUUUCGAUAUUUUUUUGCGGUGUACUGCAGACACACAUACACACACAACUCAUACAUCCGGUUGCUCGAAGAUUGUGUCACCGGAAAAAGAACGGUCGAUUAUAUCGAAGUAAAUAGUACACAUCGAGAAUUUUGUAAGUAUAUUAUUUUAUUAUAAUAUUCCAAGACGCGUAUAUGUGAUUACAUUAUAAAGCAUUUCCAACUAA